UGACGUUAAAGAUGUCACAGCGCCACCUGCAGGCAGGAAGUCUUCCUGAACACUGAUGAUGUGAACAGACCUGACCAGCGCUUUCAUUGCACAAGAAUUUGUUUUUAUUCAUUAUUCAUCGUUUUAAUCAGAGCAUGGCCCUUUUGGAAGUGAGUGGAUCCUCGUCUCAUUCCGGAAUCGGUUCACAGUCCGGCUCAAAACGGACGCAGUUUGUUGAUCGACCGAGUCACUACAGCUUUGGGACAAAAUCUCAGGAAUUUGCUGUACCAGUUGGGGUUGAUCCGUCAGCCUUUCUGAAAUCAUGCAGUUCAGAUGAUGGGAUAUCAAUAGACUUGAACCACGGCACCACGACACUGGCUUUUAAGUUCCGCCAUGGCGUCAUUGUAGCCGUCGACUCCAGGGCCUCGGCUGGACGCUAUAUCGCUUCAAAGGAGGCGAAUAAGGUGAUUGAGAUCAACCCUUACCUGCUGGGCACCAUGUCUGGUAGUGCUGCAGACUGUCAGUACUGGGAGAGACUUCUGGCUAAGGAGUGCAGGCUUUACCAGCUCCGUAACAAGCAGAGGAUCUCAGUGUCUGCAGCUUCCAAGCUGCUGGCUAACAUGAUGCUUGGUUAUAGAGGCAUGGGCCUGUCUAUGGGUAGCAUGAUCUGUGGCUGGGACAAGAAGGGUCCUGGUCUGUAUUAUGUAGAUGAUAAUGGAACACGCCUCUCAGGGCAAAUGUUUUCCACGGGCUGUGGGAACAGCUAUGCAUACGGGGUGAUCGACAGUGGCUACCGUGAGGAUAUGACAGUGGAAGAGGCGUAUGAGCUCGGCCGCCGUGGCAUUGCUCACGCCACACACAGAGACGCCUACUCUGGUGGAGUCGUGAACCUCUAUCACAUGAAGGAGGACGGUUGGAUUAAGGUGUGCAAGGAGGAUGUGUCCGAUCUAAUACAUCAGUACAGGAAAGGAAUGUUCUGACCCCACGGAUUAUUUUAUACUCACACACUAACACUGAUUCAUUAAUGAAAAAUAAAGAUGGCUUUCAAACAAAACACUAAAUUAUUCAAUUCUUUUUAGAGAGUAAGUGAUUCUGUAGCUGUGACCCCUAACAUGUAACAUAGCUGAGCAUAAUGUAAAGUGUAUGAGAAAAGACUUUCCUUUUCAACACUCACUGACAAAUAAGCAUAUGGAUAUCACAACUGCUCCUGAAGCACUUUUGCGAUGUCCACGCAAGUUAACUACAUUUAUCAUUUAUAUAUAUAUAUAUAUAUAUCCACCUAGAGUACUGAUAUCUGCUGUACAUUAGUCACUUUAGUCACAAAGUGUGAUAUGCUGUAUAAGCUGGUGGGUUUUUUUUUUUUAUCAGCCCAAUUAGAUUUUUUUUUUAAAUACUGUGCUACCAAAACUGGUCACCACACAGAACAUUUUACUGGUGUUGCCUUUGAGUAAGUGUCGGUAACUCUUCAAGCUGACAACUUAUAUGUCCGUUUUUUGGUAUGUAGGGUACCAGAUAGAUACCAAACCAGACCAGAAGAUAAUGUCAGUACAAAAUAAUGUGGUGAGGAAUUGGGUUUCCAUAACUUUAAACUGAACCAACGUUUCCAAUUUUUUUUAAAUGUAUACAAAUAGGGAAAUUUCUGGGUCAGGGAUUAUUCUGAAAUUAUACAGACAGCAUCUAUCAAUAUACAGUGCUCAUAAAUUUACAUACCCGUUGUAUUAUCUAUAAAAUGUAAAUAAUUGAUUAUGUUUUAUAUUUAGUAUGGCCCUGAAUAAGCGAUUUCACAUAACAGAUUUUACAUAUAGUCCACAAGACACAAUAAUAACUGAAUUUACACAAAUUAACCAGUUCAAAUGUUUAUAUACCAUUGAUUCUUAAUACUGUGUGUCAUUAUCUGGAUGAUCAGCUACUGUUUUGAUGUUUUGUGAUAAUUCAUCAUGAGUCCAUUGUUUGUCCUGAGCAGUUAAACUGCCCACUGUUCUUCUGAAAAAUCCUCCAGGUCCUGCACAUUCUUUGCUUUUCCAGCAUAUUCUGCAUAUUUGACCCCUGUCCAGCAGUGCCUAUAUGAUGUUAAGAUUCAUCUUUAGCUCUGCUGACAACUGAGGGACUUGUACACAACUAUUAUGUCAUGUCACGGCAAACCAGCAACUCCAUUUCCCAGAAUACACCACGAACUACAAACAUGGCUGACAACUACACCUCCCAAUGGAACACACAGGCUCGUCACCUUCUCCUGAGGACUAAUCACACACACCUGUUCUCAAGCACACCACACUACUUAAGAGGCACGCGUGCAAACAGAAAUAAGGGUGAAAUGGAAAGACAAGAAUUUAUCCACCUUUUCCCCUACACCCCAUGAUGCUUUGUAUAAAUUAUGGGAGUCAUUCAUUCAUUCAUUCAUUCAUUCAUU